GUAAUGUAGUGUCCGUGGGGCGACGCCUGCGCACAAGACCACGUCGGGCCUCACUUUUCCCAGGCCUUCUGGGUAAUGUAGUUUCCGGGAUCGGCGCCCGGCCUGUGCCAGCUUGCAGAGCUCACCAGGUGCAGACCCCUGCGGCCAGGGCGAGGACGGAUCUGAGCAGCCAGCCAGCGGGUGCCGCCGCCUGCGGGACCCAGAGGCCUUGAGCACAUCUGCAAUGCUCCAGAAGCCCAAGAGCGUGAAGCUGCGGGCCCUGCGCAGCCCGAGGAAGUUCGGCGUGGCUGGCCGGAGCUGCCAGGAGGUGCUGCGCAAGGGCUGUCUCCGCUUCCAGCUCCCUGAGCGCGGUUCCCGGCUGUGCCUGUACGAGGAUGGCACGGAGCUGACUGAAGACUACUUCCCCAGCGUUCCCGACAACGCCGAGCUGGUGCUGCUCACCUCGGGCCAGGCCUGGCAGGGCUAUGUGAGUGACAUCGGGCGCUUCCUCAGUGCAUUUCACGAGCCGCACGCAGGGCUUGUCCAGGCCGCCCAGCAGCUGCUGUGCGAUGAGCAGGCCCCGCAAAGGCAGAGGCUGCUGGCCGACCUCCUGCACAAUGUCAGCCAGAACAUCGCGGCCGAGACCCGGGCUGAGGACCCACCGUGGUUUGAAGGCUUGGAGUCCCGAUUUCAGAAUAAGUCUGGCUAUCUGAGAUACAGCUGUGAGAGCCGGAUCCGGAGUUACCUGAGAGAGGUGAGCUCCUACCCCUCCUUGGUGGGUGCGGAGGCUCAGGAGGAAUUCCUUCGGGUCCUCGGCUCCAUGUGCCAGAAGCUCCGGUCUGUGCAGUACAAUGGCAGCUACUUUGACAGAGGAGCCAAGGGCGGCAGCCGUCUCUGCACACCGGAAGGCUGGUUCUCCUGCCAGGGUCCCUUUGACAUGGACAGCUGCUUAUCAAGACACUCCAUCAACCCCUACGGUAACAGGGAGAGCAGGAUCCUCUUCAGCACCUGGAACCUGGAUCACAUGACACAGUGAGAAGGCGUAAGGACACAGUGAGAAGAAGGCGUAAGGACACAGUGAGAAGGCGGCGUAAGGACACAGUGAGAAGGCGGCGUAAGGACACAGUGAGAAAGCGGCGUAAGGACACAGUGAGAAGGCGGCGUAAGGACACAGUGAGGAGGCAGCGUAAGGACACAGUGAGAAGGCGGCCAUCUACCAGCCAGGAGGAGAGCCCUCACCAGCACCCGGCCUGCGGGCACUGCUCUUCCAGCCUCCAGGACUGUGAGACACUCAGUCUGUGGUUUCUCCCCUGGCAGCUGGAGCACACUGAGGCUCAGUCUGUGGUUUCUCCUCUGGCAGCUGGAGCACACUGAGACACUGAGACACUCCCGUAUGGUUCAGGAAUUCUCUCUUCAGCUGUCAUGUGUUCAUUCUGUCCACUGAGUACAUACUUCCUUUUCUGGGUUCCUAAAGAGUCCAAAAGAAGUGCCUAUGGGUUCUUUAUAAAACAAGCCAUUUUUAUGCCA